UGGGCGGGACCUUCACGGCAAGCCGUGCAAUUCUCCCGAGAGGAGCUGCUCGAGAAGUGGCGGGAGCGGCGGCUAUGGAAGCGCAGGAGGAGAAAGAGGCGCAGGUUGCUGCGUGGUUGAAAAAGAUAUUUGGAGAUCAUCCUAUUCCACAAUAUGAGGUCAAUCCACGGACCACAGAGAUUUUACAUCACCUUUCAGAACGAAACAGGGUCCGGGACAGGGAUGUCCGCCUGGUAACGGAGGACUUGAAACAGAAAGCAAGUGAAUAUGAAUCAGAAGCCAAGCAUCUUCAAGACCUUCUCAUGGAGAGUGUGAACUUUUCCCCUGCCAAUCUCUCUAGCAUUGGUUCUAGGUAUCUGAAUGCUUUGGUUGACAGUGCAGUGGCCCUUGAAAUAAAGGAUACCUCAGUAGCUAGUUUCCUCCCUGCAGUGAAUGAUUUGACCUCUGACCUGUUUCGUACCAAAUCCAGAAAUGAAGAACUCAAGCUUGAACUGGCAAAACUUGAAAAACAUUUAACUUCAAGUUUAGUAUUAGAAAAAUGUCUACAAGAGGAUCUCAAGAAGGCAGAGUUGCAUCUGUCUAUGGAAAGGGCCAAAGUUGACAAUCGUAUUCAGAACAUGGACUUCCUAAAAGCAAAGUCAGAGGAGUUUAGGUUUGGAAUCAGAGCUGCAGAGGAGAAACUUUCAGCCAGAGGCAUGGAUGCUUCUCUGUCUCAUCAAUCACUAGUAGCACUUUCAGAGAAACUGGCAGAACUAAAACGACAGACUAUACCUUUGAAGAAAAAAUUGGAGUCCUAUUUAGAUUUAAUGCCGAAUCCAUCUCUUGCUCAGGUGAAAAUUGAAGAAGCAAAGCGAGAAUUAGAUACUAUUGAAGCUGAACUCUCCAAGAAAUUAGACAUGAUGGAACUGUGACCAGAGCCAAAUAAACUUUGUCUUCCUGAACAAAGUAAAUCAAAUAGAACUUUAAAGAAUUGUUUCCUCUUGGCAUUCCUUAAUAACUUAAUUUCUGUGUUCUCAGAUGAGAUAAUGUCACUGUUGAUAGGAUAGUGAUUUCUGCUGUGUACUGCAUUUUUGUGCCCAAAUACAUAGUUUUCAUAUUAAAAAUGUUGGUUUUCAACUA